AUGGACGCUCUCUCGGCAGCGCGUCAAGAAACGCCGUCUAUGAAGUGCUGCUGCGGUUCUGUGGGGUGCGUUUUCUUGAGACACAAUUAUUCCGUCCUCGCUAGCGUCGAGAAGGAUGUCCAUACGGCGGCACGGAUGGGUCAGGCCCUGCUGGCCCGCCACGAGGCCUAUAUGGCCGAUGCAGAGCGAGAUCGCAGGGAGCUCACCGCUCGGAUUGAACAGUUGGAGAUGGACAACAAAGAGCUCGAGGCUAGAAACGCGAAGACGAUAGAGGAUAAUAGGAACCUCCUAGAUCAUCUCGAGGCCCUCAACAGUUCCAUUGUCGAUUCCGAAUAUCGCAUAAAAUCCCUCGAGGCCACCCUGCUUUCGUCACAGCAGACCAUCCGCCGGCUAGAGGGGGACACGGCUCGCGCCGCCGCGUUAGAGCGUCAGAUCCUAGCUCUCGAGCAAGAGCAGGCGGAGCUGCAAAGCCACCUGUCUCUGUCCCGGGAAGAGGCCAGAUCUGCCGCAUCGAGAUGGAAGCGGGCGGAGCGGGGCAUCAACGACCUACAGGAGCAACUGGAACGUAUGGAGAGGGAAGCCAAGGAAGAGAGAGAGCACCACGUCGAGAUGAUAAGUCGAAUAGAGCGGCAGCGCGAGAUGGAGAAGGAGCUGAACACCGCGGCUGGCCGGCUGAAGGGAGCUGCUGCUGCUAAGUCGCUAGAUCACGGCAACGGCAACGUAGGAGGAAGCAGUGUCGUGUCGCACUUCGUCCGCGAUCUGCUCCAGGAUAACGCCAAUCUUCAGUGUGGCAUCGCGGAGCUGCGCGAGAUGCUCAUGAACUCCAACGACGAGAUACAGGCUCUCCGGGACCAGCUCGCAUACCACCAGCCGCUGGAAGACGACCGGGCGAAUACCAUGUCGACGCUCCGGGCAGAGCUUGAGCCUUUGGCCUCUCCUGUGACCUCGCCGAAACCUGCCCCGGAGGUCCACAUCCACCACCAUUACCACCUAGAAAAGUCGAAGCAGGAGGCGAAGAAGCCCCGAAAGAAACGCGCAGGGCUGGCGCCUGGAAUUUUCACACCUCCCUCGAGCUCGGCGCCUAGCACACCCCCGAAUGGUCCGGCACGGUCUUUGCACACUCACAAAGACUCCCUACUCUCUAACUACUGGUCUGAUUUUGCGCCUUCCUCGGUGCCCAGCUCGCCUCUGUCAAACAACCGGAACUCGCUAUUCGAUCAUGUAACCGAUUCCACCCCAGCUUCACCGACUACCAGUAUAGACCCCAUGUCGCCUUCGUGGCAUGCUACUCACCACAAACAACUUUCAAGUUCCUCACGGAAUUUUCAAUUCCCAAAUCUAGCUAUCGUGCACACGCCUACCCGGGCCCAUCCCGUCAUCGAGGAAUCCUACGACGAGGAUACCCCCCCGGAUUUGACCACCGCAACCGACGACUCUACCGUAGAUGACGUUACAACGUCCUCGGAGCAUCAGGAUAUGGGAGACGACGAACUUUCGGUGACCAUCGAUGAUACCGGCGACCAUCGGACGCCAUCGAUCCGCCUCCGAAGACCGCCAUCGCACGAAUCUAUCAUAUCACUCUCCGGCGGUCUGGAUAUUCACACAUUGACAUCGCGGCCUAGUCAGCUUACCCUACGUCAUCUCGGCUCUGCCGCUUCCGUAACGGGCAGUAGCAUCGUUACUGCACGACCCAUGCUCUCGCACCGGAAUGCAAAUCGAAGCAGCGCAAGGCUGCGUGAAGAUUCCGACACUUCUCCUGUGGGGAGCCUACAAUCCGUCUUGGGGAUCUCCUUGCGAGAUUCUCGUUCGUCCAGACUCGGGAAAUGGGUCGGUUGGCGGCCAUGGGGCGGAGGGGGCCUCGGAGGGACCAGCGGAGGCGGCAUUUCGGAUGCGAGUAGCGAUACAUCCACGAAAACGAACAGAGGGAAGGGUGGCCAGAAGGCGGCGAGCCGCCCUCCCGGCAUCAACCAACCGGGCGCGAUCCCAGGGUUUCUCCCUCAUGCUGUCGCAGCGCAGCGAAAAACACUACCCACACACACUCAACCCGACGUGGUCGAUCGCGACGCAUUAAUGGAGGGUCUCGUUGAAAAUAUACAGUCAUAA